GUUUAAACACAAGCCAGUAACAUUCAUCAAUGCAACUCCGUGCAUAUGUAUUGUCAGUCGUGUCAAAUAACAAACCAGCAAUUCUCCAGAAAGUAGGACCAUUACGGUCAACAUGGUCGAACCAUAUACAGAUCAGUGGCUUCAACCAGUAAUUGCUCGAAGCCCGUAUGAAAUCAAGACAACAGAAAUGAAUGUCGGUGGCGACCCUUUAAGGGUAGUUACCUCAGGAUAUCCUGAAACGCAGGGUGACACUCUCCGGGAGAAGUACCGUUUCGCCCAGGAGAGACUGGAUCAGAUCCGCAGGGCCUUGUUCUUGGAACCACGUGGGCACCAGGACAUGUGGGGCGCCAUCACCGUCGAGCCCGAUGACAAAGAUGCAGACAUCGCUGCAUUUUACUUGAACGCCAAUGGUUACUCGCCGACGUGCGGUCAUGCCUCCAUCGGCCUUGCCAGAUUCGCCGUAGAUGCUGGUUUGGUCAAAGCUACGUCUCCGGAGACUUCGGUGAAUAUCCAACUUCCCUGCGGACUGGUGAGGACUCAUGUAGAAUACGACUCAGAGACGAAAGCUUCAGGACGAACACACUUUACGAGCAUCCCAUCGUUUCUUUAUGAACAGGAUCUUGAGGUGAAUAUACCACGGAUCGGAAAAGUCGUAGUAGAUGUCAGCUUUGGGGGCAUCUUUUUCGCCAUCACCUCAUCGUCCCAGCUAGGGAUUGACGUGUGCGAUUCCUCCAUCCAAGACAUUAAGUAUGUGGGUGUGUCCAUUACCAAGGCAACCAAUGAUGCCAUCCGGGUGGAGCAUCCCACUUGUCAGGGCACGAACCUCAUCUCUGGCACGAUUAUAACCGACGGGAAGGAUUCGCAAGACGCAGAUUCAACAACAAACAUCUGCGUUUAUAGCUCGCAGGGCCUGAUUGCCCGAGCUCCUUGCGGCUCAGGAGUCGUUGCCAGGGCCGCCCUCCAAGUGCAAAAAGGGCUGACUGAUCUUAACCAACCUAUGACCUUCAAAAGCCGUUAUGGCUCUUCCUUCGUCGUGGAGAAAACCAACGUAGAAGGAAUAGAAGCUGUUAGAAUCGAAGUUUCCGGACAGGGUCAUUACAUUGGACGGAACACGUUCUUUAGUGAAGAGAACGAUGAAAUGGGAAAGGUUUCAUAGCAAAUUAAGGAAAGUGUUAAGUCGCUGCCCACGCCAGUGACGAAAUCCUUUUGAAGUUUUUUUUUCUUGGGGGGGGGGGUAGCUGUACAUUGAGCUGAUAUUUCAAAAAUUUAAGUGCACCACAAAUAAAGAAAGAGCUAUUUUUUCUAAAAAGUGAGGGGUGCCUAAAACGUUUGAUACUACUACGAUCCCAUUGAAGAACAGUGGUAUUUGUAAAAACCGCUGAAAUGGGGUUUCCUCCACGUUUUAUAUGAUUUAUAAUAUUUGUUAACAUUGAACAUGUAUGAAAAAAUAUUAUUUUUAGAUGGAAAUAAAUACAAACAAACGAACAUCUCUCA